CGCGGUACUGACGUCGCGGAGGGGCCGCUCUGAGGCGGCGGCGGCGGCUCGGGGCGCCCAAGAUGGCGGCGGGUGAAGGUUGCAGAUUGAAAUAUCAUGGGCAGAAAAUAGUUUGGAUGAUGUGUUUUGCCAGCAUAUUUCUGCAAUUUCAGUUUUAACAAUGGAUAAGUGUAAGCACGUAGGACGUCUGCGACUGGCCCAAGAUCACUCCAUUCUCAACCCUCAGAAAUGGCAUUGCAUGGACUGCAAUACUACGGAGUCCGUGUGGGCGUGCCUCAGCUGCUCGCACGUGGCGUGUGGGAGAUACAUCGAAGAGCAUGCACUAAAGCACUUUCAGGAGAGCAGCCACCCAGUGGCAUUGGAGGUUAACGAGCUGUACGUUUUCUGCUAUCUCUGCGACGAUUAUGUUCUCAAUGACAACGCCACCGGCGACUUAAAACUCUUGCGGAGUACGUUAAGUGCAAUCAAGAGUCAAAACUAUGAGUGCACUACCCGAAGUGGGAGGACUCUGCGUUCUAUGGGUACCAGUGAUGAUUCCUACCUUGCACACGGCGGUGCCCAAGCCACGCUUCGGAACGAGGACAGGAUGUUCACGGCUCUCUGGCACCGACGACGUGCGGUCCUCAGCAAAGUAUUCAGAUCGUGGCUUGAAUUGACGCCUACCGGAAAAAGGAUUUUGGAAGAAGAAAGACAUCAAGAAGAAGCAGAGCUAAAAAAGGAUGAAGCUAGGAAGAGGAGACAAGAACGAAAGCGUGAGCUGAAAGCAGAGAUGGAAAAGAUGCCUCCAAGAAAGAGCAGUCGUUUACAAAAUCAGAUUAGAAUGUCCUCAAAACCAGAACCCCGCCCUCAAAAAACACCACAGAAUGCGGAAUUUUUGGCAGAGUUGAAAGAAACAUAUACCUCAGAAGAACUGAGAUGGAAAAAAAUAAGUGACUCUCCAAUUAAACGAAGGCCUACAGUGACUCCUGGAGUAACAGGACUGAGAAAUCUGGGAAACACAUGCUAUAUGAAUUCUGUCCUGCAGGUAUUAAGUCACUUACUUAUUUUUCGAGAAUGCUUUUUAAAGCUUGAUCUCAACCAAACUCAGGAACUGCUGGCAACAGCAAGCAAUGGUAAAACAAGAUCUUCAUCUAAACACCUGUCAAUAGCUGCCUCAACAUUACACGUGAAUGAAAACCAAGAGAAAGUAAAGGGAUCAUAUUCUGUGAGGCGGCCUAGUUUAUCCUCUGGAUUAAGUGGAGGAGCAUCAAAAAGUAUGGAACUUAUUCAGCCCAGGGAGCCCAGUUCAAAGCAUAUUUCUCUCUGUCAUGAGUUGCAUACUCUAUUCCAGGUUAUGUGGUCUGGCAAAUGGGCACUGGUGUCUCCUUUUGCCAUGCUUCAUUCUGUGUGGAGACUAAUUCCAGCCUUCAGAGGGUAUGCCCAACAAGAUGCUCAGGAAUUUCUCUGUGAACUUUUGGAUAAAGUACAGCAGGAACUGGAGACUACAGGGACCAGAUACCCAGCUCUCAUCCCUGCUUCUCAAAGAAAACUUAUAAAGCAGGUUUUGAAUGUGGUUAACAACAUUUUUCACGGACAGUUAUUAAGUCAGGUUACAUGCCUUGCCUGUGACAAUAAAUCAAACACCAUAGAACCUUUCUGGGACCUGUCCCUGGAGUUUCCCGAGAGGUAUCACUGCAAUGGCAAGGAGAUGUCAUCUCAGUAUCCAUGUCUGCUGACAGAAAUGCUGGCCAAGUUUACAGAAACUGAAGCUUUGGAAGGAAAGAUAUAUGCAUGUGAUCAGUGCAACACAAAACGAAGGAAGUUUUCUUCUAAACCAGUUAUACUCACAGAAGCUCAGAAGCAGCUUAUGGUGUGUCGACUACCUCAGGUUCUCAGAUUACACCUUAAACGGUUUAGGUGGUCAGGACGCAAUCACCGUGAGAAGAUUGGUGUACAUGUUAGUUUUGAUCAGAUGCUAAACAUGGAGCCUUAUUGCUGCAGGGAAUCCCUCAAGUCUCUCCUGCCUGACUGCUUCAUCUACGACUUGUCCGCUGUGGUAAUGCAUCACGGGAAAGGAUUUGGCUCAGGGCACUACACUGCCUACUGCUACAAUUCUGAAGGAGGAUUUUGGGUACACUGCAAUGAUUCAAAACUCAACAUGUGCACUAUGGAAGAAGUAUGCAGGGCUCAAGCCUACAUUUUGUUUUACAGCCAACGACUUACUCAGGCAAAUGGACAUGGCAGAGGCCCUUGUCCUAGCACAGCUGAAAGUCAGCAGCACCCAGAAUUAGCUGGCUCUUGCAUGGACAACAGUAGCAGCUAAUCCAAAGCCAGUUAACUGCUUGUAUGGUAAAAGUUUAAAUUGUCAUAACUAUGUAUUUUUAAAAGGAAGUACAGUAUUGUACUUUUUCAAUGUUUAUAUAGUUUUGUAUUAGUUGAAGUACUCUUUACAAUGGUUAGCAAAAGUUUUUAUUGACAAUAAGUAACUUUCAAAGUACCUAGAAUUUCAAUACAGCUAUUUUUUUAAAGAAGAGAUUGCUAUGUGCAUUUAACUUUUACCUCAGGCUAUUUUUUUAAGCUGGUUUUGUAUUUUGAUAAUGUUUUUGAAUUGGUUUAGAAAAUUUACUUCAAUGGGCAACUGAUAUUUGUCUGGUUGAUUUUCUGUAUAUGCUUGUGUACAUUUUAUAGUAUAGUUCUAAUGAUACCGUGAUUCUUACUGUCUUGCAGGAAUUGCUACUAGGUCUUAGAAUAUUGACAUUCACCAGCAAGGAAUGUUAAAACAUGUCAGAUAGUAACUGAAUUUUCUUGUAGACAACUUUCUGUGAAAUUAUUUUGCAAGCUUGAAUGGCUAUACUAAAGAUACAGUGAUGGAAUUUCUUAAAAUCUGAACUUGAGGAAAUAGAGCAUGAAGUUAUUUUCA